AUUAUAUCUCUUUAGUAAUUACUAGUAUAUAUCUGUAUACAUCUUUCGAGAAGGAGACAAUAAUACUGAAUACUAAUAAAUAAUAGGUUUGCAGGUUGAUACACGACCUCUUCACGCACUACCCAGUCGUUGAGAGAAUGCAGCUCCGGAGGCACCCUGCCAAGACGCUGCCUAUUGAGCUCAAUGGAGAAGCCAUAGUGGACAGCCUUACUGAAAAUAAUAAGAAAAGGGUGUGGGCUAGCAGAAUGGUAAGGGAUGACGAACUGUACAUAAUACAGGUUCAAGGCAUUGUUGGCAUCAGUCUCCCAACUACGCUGGUCGUCAAGAAGUGCCAGAACGUGAACCUAGCACUACAAGUGGAUGACAAUGUCAAGCACCGCUACAUUUCAGAGAUGCUCCUGUUAGCCAGCAACUCUCACGACAACAUCAUCAAAGUCGUAGACAUCAUCCAGAGGGAAGAUGCCAAUGCCAUCAUGCUCGUUUAUGAGUAUCCGGUGAAUGGCAGCCUUCAAUCCUGGCUGCACCAACAGAUGAAUGCUGUUCGGCCGCUGGGCUGGCCAGAGAGGAGGGUCAUUGCCAUUGGUGUGGCCAACGGGCUCUGCCACUUGCACCACAGAUGCAAAAAGCAGAUUAUCCACCACAACAUCAACUCCAACAACAUCUUGCUUGAUCAGAAUUUCAAGCCUGUGAUAGCCAGUUUUGACGCUGCACAGAUGAACAUGGCCGGGCUCGACCAACCGUUGCCAAUUGUAGGCCUGCCUCUAGGGAACUUUGGUUACUCAGCUCCAGGUAUGUUGGAAUACGGGGUCGCAGCAAGCGAGCUGACGGAGAAGGUAGACAUUUACAGCUAUGGUGUGCUGCUAGUGGAGCUCGUCACGGGGCGGAUGGCCAAUGUAGCUGGAGCGGAUGGUCAUUUGGCAACCUGGGCGCGGAACAACUUCACUAAGCUGAUGGCAAACCAACAGGAAAUGUUCCAGAGUGCCGUGGACCGGGACAUCCCAGAUCAAGCGCGGUACAUGAAGGAGAUGGCAACUGUGUUCAUGCUGGGUGUUGAUUGCACCGCUGUUGAUCCACAGAAAAGGCCGUCCAUGCGGAUGGCUCUCAAACGACUCCGCCGCGGCUACGGGCGCGGCCCAUUCCGUGGCCUCCUCACCUGCUAUCUGCUGUGAUGCUUGUUGUCUUUUCUAGAAAGAUCACAUCAUGAAUGAAUUGUUCAUAUGAUGACUCGGUUGAAUAAAUUUGUAGAUACAUCUCUGAGAACAUUUUGCUGUCGUGCCUUUUUCUGAGAACAUUUUGCUAUCCUGUUGUUUUCA